GAGGUAACACAACACGUCAUUCCGCAAAACUUGACUUAACCCCUGUUCCGUAGAGGGGAUCAGAGGAGAAUAAUGCUCCUUAGUCCGUCGCGUGAUAAGCUUUCUUCCGUGUGGGACGAAAUUCCAUGUAAUGAACGUAGUCUCCAACAGGGUCUGUAACUCUGCCGUAUGUGAAACCCUGAACCCUAAACAAAUCUAAGCUCUGUCACGUGCACUGAAGAAGAAUACACAUUGUGUUCAGCGAAGUACGUCGGUCGAUGCAGAUUUUUCACUUCUUGAUGUUUCAGAGUUUCUAAUGUUGCUCUUUGAAAUGAAAAGGUUGAAGGUUACGAGAUUGUUCCUUGACGCGCAAGCAACUGGUUCUACGGUAUUUUAGUGUCACGGUGGAUUGCAGCUAAGACGUGAGCGAGAUUUACAGCUGUUGAUUGCGGUCGAACGCAUUGUUGUUUGAGACUUGUUUGUGUCGACGCUUAGCGUGUUACACGUUAAUCGAAUAUCAAUUGUGGAAGUAUGGCGACUUUCGGGACCAUUACUUCCACGGCUCCGCACAACCCGAACAAAUCAUUCGAGGUCGUACAGCCACCUACAGAUGGUAUCUCCAGUCUUACUUUCAGCCCUAAAGCAAAUUAUCUCGUGGCGACAUCGUGGGAUAAUCAGGUACGAUGCUGGGAGAUACAGCCGAAUGGAGGAAGUGUGCCUAAGGCAGCCAUGUCACACGACCAACCAGUGCUGUGCUCAAGUUGGAAGGACGAUGGGACCACCGUUUUCUCGGCGGGAUGUGACAAACAAGCGAAAAUGUGGCCUCUGCUCACAGGGGGAGCUCCAACUACUGUAGGGAUGCAUGAUGCUCCUAUCAGAGAGAUAGCGUGGAUUCCAGAAAUGAACCUAUUGGUCACCGGAAGUUGGGAUAAAACACUGAAAUAUUGGGAUACACGCCAGCAGGCCCCCGCACAUACCCAGCAGUUGACCGAACGCGUCUACGCCAUGAGUGUACGGCAUCCACUAAUGGUUGUAGCUACUGCAGAUCGUAACAUAGCAGUGUACAAUCUAGCGAAUCCUCAGACGGAGUACAAGCGACUUCCGUCGCCUUUGAAGUAUCAAACCAGGUGCAUCGCAACGUUCCCUGACAAGCAAGGAUUUUUGGUGGGUUCAAUUGAAGGCCGUGUGGCCGUGCAGCACAUUGACGAAGCACAGCAUCCAAAGAACUUUACAUUCAAAUGUCACCGUGAUAACAAUGACAUAUAUGCAGUGAACGCGAUAAACUUCCAUCCCGUGCAUGCAACCUUUGCUACAUCUGGUUCAGAUGGAGCUUACAACUUCUGGGACAAGGACAGUAAACAAAGACUUAAGGCUCUACAAAGAUGUAAUCAACCGAUUCCUUGCAGUACUUUCAACAGCGAUGGCACUAUUUUCGCUUAUGGGGUGAGUUAUGACUGGAGUAAAGGUGCUGAGAAUCACAAUCCUUCUCAAGCUCGCAAUUACAUCCUUCUCCAUCCUACUCAGGACUCUGAAGUAAAAACGAAACCUCGAGUCACAACGAGUGGAAGAAAAUAGAUGACUUCCAGAAAAGUCUACAGUUUUGAAACUUCCAUUGUACAACGGACUGUCUGGUGAAAUCUUCUGCUUUCUGCACGCUAGGAAAAGGCCACCAGCUAAACGGAAGGUUAAGCAGUUGACAAUGGGGCCAGUAGAAGCUGAGUACCGCUCUAGGCCCUCGUUAUCAUUUUAGUGUAUUCAAGGAGAUGGAUGAGCAACUUCUCUGUUUGCAAAGUCCAUGAUUCAAAUGUCACUUUAGUCUGUCACUUUUGUCCAAAAUUCAUCACGUUCUUUCGACUUGUAAAGCGACAGGCGCACGUUGGGUAGCUGUGUUUACGUUUCACUUGUUCUUCCAACCACAGGAGCCAGCACAAAGUGCUUUGUGCAUAUUAUGCACAUUACGGCUGUUGUGUCCGGUCUGAUUAGAUCCGGUUUGUCACAAUUUGCGCAGAGUUGUAGCAUGGAGUGCUUAGCAGAGGAGCACUGUAGAAUAUCAUUACUCGCAUUUAAGUUCAUUCGGAUGUCUGUCAUACAAAUCAUCGCUUUAGCUACUAAACCUGAGUGAAUGAACACGGUUCGUCAAUUUAUAAAGACAGUGCGAACAUUCUACAUUCUGUUUGGACAUUCUACCUACAGCUGUCGGGACAUUCUUGUUCAUAUGUACUUAUUUUUCUUCACUUUUAUAAAGUGGUCCAUUCCGAAGGCACCGCAGGAGCUUUUUUGUACCUUCUGUCAGGUAUUGAGUCGAAGUAUAUCAACUCGCCAAAAUUUUAUUGCUAAAUAUACCAUUUGCCUUGAAGGGCCGUGGAGUUUAUCAAACAAUUAUAUUGUUGAAUAGGAUUCCAGCAUCUUGCCUACCUCAGAACGAGCAACUCUGCAAGGAAAACAGUACACAUUUCUACUUCAC